AUGGUUUACGGUUUAGGAUCUAAUUAUUGGGGAUCCCUUGGAUUGGGACACAAUCUAUACGUCAAUGAAAUCCAAGUGAUCGACAGAUUGUGUCACAAGAAUAUCACACAAUUCUUCAAUGGAUACGACUUUGUGUUAGCACUCACUCAACAUAAUUGUCUCUAUGUUUGGGGUCGUAAUGAUAAGGGACAUCUAUACUGUUCAUUUGCCAUCACAUCUGAAGGACAAGUGUUUAGUUGGGGUCGUAAUAGUUGGUAUAAUUUGGGACACAAUUCAUCGGAUAUUAUAUGGAAACCACAACUCAUUGCAGACAUGACUGUUGUUUCCGGAGUCAAUCAAUACAACCGUUUCUACGAAGAGUUGCAUUCAUUAGGUUCGGGAGCUUUUGGUGAAGUAUUUGUUGUUAAAUGGAAACCUGAUGGACAAGUAUAUGCCGUUAAGAAAAUAAGAUACCAAGGUUAUGAUAAUUUCCGGAAAUGUAUGAAAGAAAUGCAAAAAUUGGUAAAAGUUAGGUCAGAAUAUUGUGUCCAAUAUAUGGAUCAAUGGUCUGAAAACAAUGUGUAUUACAUUCAAAUGGAGUUGUGUUCCCAUAGUCUGCAGAAUAUUCUUCAACACAAACCACAAGUAUUUGGUCGACAACCGGGAGAACCCAUGAAUUCAAUCGAGUUUUACAUUUCGUGUCAUAUAUUCAAAGAGAUCUUAGAAUGCGUUCAAUAUUUACAUGAAUUGAAUCCUCCGGUCAUUCAUAGAGACCUUCACUCCGGAAAUAUAUUACUGGCCAGAAAUGUAAGGAAUGGCAGGUUUUUCAAAGUAGCUGACUUUGGGUCGGAAACUCUUCGCAAAUCUAUAUCAACAGUAAAUAACCCGACACAUGAGGCACCGGAAGUGCGUAGGGGUGAGUCAAAUGAGCCCAAGAGUGAUGUCUACACUUUGGCCAUAAAUACUGAAGAGAUUUUUGGUUUUGAUUUGGAGGACCUAAUGCGGUCAAAGUAGUUCACAGAAGUAUUCAUCAGAUAAUGAAAUGUUCAACAAAUGUGUAAUUGAAUUGAAACGAGAAUUAAAAGCCAUGUUAUCCUUAGACCCGACUGUCAGACCUACUUGUGGUCAAGUAUUGUCGGAAUAUAACUUAUGGUCUAUUCAUAGGAAUUGUCUCGAAAAUGAUCCCACAUUUGAAUCCACAC